GUUGUUUGGUCUGUUGUUUAGUUGUUGGACAACGUUUAAAACGAUUAUAGCCACGAAAAAAUUUUUUGUUUUGUUAACUGAAAGUUUCCUGCAAUUAACUCAAAAAAGGAGGAAAAAACUUUUUUGUUAAACAAUUUUUGUUUGUUUGUGGUGUGUGAGUAUUUGAGAAAUGUGCAACGAAAUUUUUUGUGUGUAUUUUUUUUAUACGUUUUCAGUGUUAACAUAUCGCAAUUAACUUUGAACGAAAAUGAAUCAAUCCAAAGAUACCCCGCCGCAAGAAAUAAUCCAAACGAGGGAUCCACCGCUCAGUUUACAACAAAAGCGGAGCAUUUUCGCUAAAAUGCUUCAAAGAAGUCUUACGAGCGAAUCGAGUUCGAGUUCAAAUCAAAGCGGUGGGAAAGAGAUUGAGCAAAAAUUAAGUCCGGUACCUCAGAAAUUGUUUUUUAAACCGGGGGUAAUUGAUGAGGAGGAAGACGGGUUUUCGUCAAGGGCUGAAUCGCCUUUGAUGUUUCGCGCCUCUCAAUAUAUCAUAACAGCUCCGUCCGUUCAAAUUGGGUUAAAUAGAACGUCUACGUGUGGAAGCAAUUUGAGCCACGCGGGAUCUAAACAAGAUAGUACUAGGAGAGCUCGACCUGGUGUGCAACCACGUGUUAAGAAGCGAGCAAUUCUAAAAAACGGCGAAUGCAACAUUCUUCAAUCGCGCAUCAAAAAGCGGCGCUUAAAAUUCCUUCAAGAUAUUUUCACCACCCUCGUUGACGCGCAAUGGAGAUGGACCCUAAUUAUUUUCGCGUUGAGUUUUUUGCUAUCCUGGUUAGGAUUCGCCGUAAUUUGGUGGCUAAUUGCUUUCACGCACGGCGAUUUCGAAGAAUUACAUCUCCCCGAGAAUCAAAACGCGUCCGGUUGGACGCCGUGUGUGAGCGCCUUGAAUAGUUUUACUUCGUGCUUCUUGUUUAGCAUUGAAACUCAACACACGAUCGGUUAUGGUGGACGCGCGACCACCGAAGAAUGCCCCGAAGCUAUUUUUGUUAUGUGCUUACAAAGCAUUGCGGGAGUUAUGAUACAAGCUUUCAUGGUAGGAAUAGUAUUCGCGAAAAUGACUCGGCCUAAACACCGCACCCAAACGCUCCUUUUCUCGAGAAACGCCGUAAUCUGUCAGCGAGAUGGUUAUUUGUGCUUAAUGUUUAGAGUGGGCGAUAUGCGAAAAAGCCAUAUAAUCGGGGCUAGCAUUCGAGCGCAAUUAAUUCGGCCCAAAACAACGAAAGAAGGCGAAAAUUUGCAACAAUACCAAACGGAGUUAUCGGUUUCAGCUGAUGGUUGCGAUGGGGAUCUUUUCUUUAUUUGGCCCAUGACCAUUGUGCAUAAAAUCGAUGAAGAUUCCCCGCUUUACACUUUAUCCCCAAGAAAUUUUUUGAACGAACAAUUCGAAAUCGUCGUCAUUUUAGAGGGCACCAUUGAAAGUACCGGGCAAACCACGCAAGCUCGAUCAAGUUACAUAGCAAACGAAGUCCUUUGGGGGCACCGCUUCGAACCCGUCGUUAGUUACAGCAAAGAUAGAAGAGGCUACGAAGUUAAUUACUCGAAAUUCGAUAAUGUCAUCGAGGUUGAUACCCCACUUUGUUCUGGUUAUGAAUUAGCCAAUAUUUGUAUGAGCACAAUGGAUGUUAAAUCCCUUUUGGGCGAAUCCCCCUCUUUGAUCCAAGCGAUUCGGAUGUGUGAUAGCUCGGAUUUAUUCCCCAAUGAUAAAGAACCCGACGAGGAAGGUUACGACACUGAUAAAGGAAUUGUAAUUCAUCCCCACGAUGAUACCGACUCUAAUAAUGGAGAUAGUGAUGAUGAUUUUAAAAAAGCUAAUUCUAAAUUGAAAUCUGAAUCGAACGAUCGAUUUGAAACGGACUUUUUAAUAAUGGGUCGUAAGAAGCAUCAGCACGAGCCGAAUCAAAAUUCGGGCGAAUCGACCGAGUCGUACGAUGAGAAUCAAAAUUCGACGAAAUGUCCGCACCUAAAUAAAGCGGUCGAUUUGACAAAAAUAAAAAAGGGGCUCCAAAAAAGCGGUUUGCGUAAAGAUUGCGAAGAGUGCACUCGAAAUCCGAUCCCCCACAGUUUGGAUAUACCCGAAGGAAUGAUUUUUGAUGAUUCUUUGUGGUUGUGUUUGCAAUGUGGUAAUCAAGCGUGUGGUCGGAGUGUUAAUAAACAUGCACUUAAGCAUUAUAAUACCCCACGUUCUGAUAACCACACUUUAUGUUUAAAUACCUCAAAUUGGUCAGUGUGGUGUUAUAAAUGUGAUAAUGAAGUUAACACCACUGCCUCUAAAAAGUUAUUGGAAGCUGUUGAGUAUUUGAAAAAGAAUUCUGAGCAAGGAAAAGUAAAACAGGAGAAAUUGGUGAGUGUGUGUAAUGAUGAUGUUGUUGAAGAUGAUGUAAUGAUGAAAUUAAACCCACUUUUGAACCCUUUAAGUAUUAAAAGAACCAUUGGGUUAAGAAAUUUAGGAAAUACUUGUUUUUUUAAUGCUGUUAUACAAUGUUUGAGCCACACCCCUUAUUUGCUGGAGUUAUUAAAAGAAACAUCAAUGGAGUCCCAAAAAUUUCAACUACCAGGAGGAAAAUUAAUCAUCGAUGAUACCACCUUAGACUUAGAACCUUUAGAAGGGAAUUUAGAACAAUGGAGACAACUAGCGAAAGCUUUAGCUGAAACUAUGGAGGUUCUACAAAACGGAGAAGGCGAAGUUUUCUCCCCAAAAAAUCUCCUAUCAAAAUUAACCGACCGUAUGCCUCAAUUCGUCAUCGGGGAGCAACACGACUCCCACGAACUGUUAAGACACCUUUUAGAAGCGGUUAGAGAAGAAGAUUCAAAACGCUACCAAAGGGAAAUUCUUAACAAAUUCGGUUUAAGUACAAAAACGAUCCCCUCAUUAGUCGAAAAUGAAAAACGAGCUGUGAUCAAAUUUUACGGCCAACAAGCAUCGGAAUUAUUAUCGCCCACCGAACAAGUCUUCCGCGGAAUUCUCGUCAGCACGUUACAAUGCGAAGAUUGCUCGCACACCUCGCACCGCGACGAAUUCUUCCUAGAUUUAAGUCUCCCGAUUAUCGAAAAGCAAAAACCGCCCCGCCGAAAAGCCGACGAAAUCGAAGAUAAAUCAAAGUAUCAAAUUAAAAAGGAAAAACGGGCGGCGAAAAAAAAUAAAAAAAAUCGCGGCCCGAAAGGAAUCGGCGGUUCGUUUGAAAGUAACGAUUCGACUGGGAAUGCGGAAGAACGCAAUUCGGGUUGGGAAUCGGACGCCGAUGUUGAAGAUAACCUCGAUGAAAAUAAAACUAAAGAUGAGAAAUCGAUUUUACCCGCUUUGGAAUUUAUGGGGUCGCCGUCGGGGACGAUAAUAAGUAAUGAAAUGGAAGUUGCUGAAAAUAGUUCGUCGUCGAGUGAAGCUGAAAUUAAACUUACAAAUUCAUCACAAGAUAAUAAUGAUAAAAAAGAAUUUGAACGACCGGAAUCAAGACUUUCUUUUGUACAUAACUCAAAAGGUGAUUUAAAAGAAGAUUUAGAAAAAUUAUUACUUAACGAUGGUGAUAGUCAAAAAGUGGAUAACGUUUUUGUAAAAGACGCUGAAGUCGGUGUUGAAGGAGCCGCUUGUAUGGAUGAAGUAGAUGAUGAUCAAAAAAUGGAUGAGGAUGAAGAUGAUUCGGAUAUGUGGAUGGAAACGAUGGCCCCACGAUAUCAAUGCGAAGAAGGGGAAUGUUCCGUUCAAUCCUGUUUGAACCAAUUCACCGCGUGCGAACUGAUGACUUCCAAUAAUAAAGUUAGUUGUGAAUUGUGCACAAAAAGACACGGUGGGGCCGACAAAAAAACCGUCUACACAAACGCCCAUAAACAAUUAUUGAUUUAUAAUCCCCCCGCCGUUUUAAUUCUACAUUUAAAACGAUUUCAAGUUUACCAUUAUCGGCCCACUAAAGUUAGUAAGCAUGUCGCGUUUCCGAUGGUAUUAGAUUUAGCACCGUAUUUAUCAAAGAGAUCUCAAGGACUUUCUACUUUUGAAACUGGACAAACUCAGGUUCUUUAUUCUUUAUAUGGAGUUGUUGAACAUAGCGGAACAAUGCAUGGUGGUCAUUAUGUAGCUUACGUAAAAGUACGCCCUAAAUUGGAACCGAAUAGUUAUCGUUGGCAAUUUUUACCAAAAAAUCAAAAACAAACUAAAUCGGAUGAGGUGAGAGGGGCGCACGGAAUUCCACAAACACCACCGGGAAAGUGGUACCACGUAAGCGAUUCUUACGUUGCCGAAGUGCAAGAAACAAGCGUGCUAAGAGCCCAAGCUUAUCUCUUAUUUUACGAGCGGAUAUAUUGAGUUUUUUUUUUGUAUUAUUCGAAUUCAAUUUGGUCUUGUUUUAAUCGUAUUUCGCUUUUAAACCACAUAAUUCUUUUUUACCAUCUUAAUGUGAUGUUUUUUUUAAUAGUGUAAUAAAAAUUAAUAAAUCUUGAAA